AUGGAAAUCGGACAAUGGGUUCCGAGGUGGCUACUUGAAGAAUUGAUGCAAAAGGAGUUCCCGAGAACUGAUAUAAAAGGUAAUCCACAUAUUCAAUCUAAGCUAACCUCGUUGAAAAGGAACUACAACCUGCUGUCAAACAUCCUGGACCGGAGUGGAGUUGGUUUCAAUGUGCACGGAGAUUUCAAGAUUGACUGCUCUGAUGAUCAAUGGGAUCAAAUCGUCAAGCAAGACAAAGAGGCUCGCCAAAUGCGCACAAAGUCUUGGCCAUUCUGGGAUGACUGGAAGGUUAUCUUCGGGAAAGAUAGGGCAACUGGACAAAAUGCCGAAGGAGUAGCCGAGGCAGCGAAGAAUAGCUCUCCAGAUGAGCCUGUGACUGAUAUCGGUGAGAGUACUGCUGAUUACCACCCAAGCUUCGACGAUUUCAUCGGUUACGAGCAAGUUCAUGCAACGUUUGGGAACAAUGUCGUGGAUGAUAGUAGUGCGCACAGCGGACAGAACACAAACGGUCCCCCACCGGCUCCUCCGAAGCAUAAGCGCAAACGCAAAGUUAGCGAUGACGAAUCUGGUAUCGUCGAAAUGCUUGGAAAGAUGCACUCUGAGACGAACGCGCGUUUGGACACUCUGGCAGCGCGGAUUGGCUACGAAAUGGAUCUCGGGAAAGCAAGAAAAGAAAUAUUUCGUCAUCUGUGCGACAUACCUGAACUGACUGAGAUCGAAAGGUACGAUCUUUGCGAUAUAAUUGGCAAGGAGAACUCUAGACUUGAGAUUUUCACAGGUCUCCCUGACGGUUUGAAGCCCGGAUACGUUAAGCGGGUCCUGGAAAAGGAGAGUCGCACCUAG